UCUCUUUACAUCUCUUUCUUUCUUAUUCUCUCCCUUACUUUACUCCUCUGUAUCCUCUGCUUAUCAUAACUAUUCACUAUAUUACUGUGUCCUCUUGUUAUCUAUAGUCUAUCAACCAGUGGAGAGGAGGGCUCACUCUACAGUACAGGUAGGAGACUACCUGUACAUGUGGGGUGGGGGCCAGCCUGAUCUCCCUGAAGUACACAAUAAUGAGAAGAAGAAAUCAAUGUGUUCUGUAGUGGAGGUAUGUCACCUACCAACUGGUGAGUGGGUACAAAAGCCUACCACUGGUGACCCUCCACUUGGUGUCAUUGGCUAUGCUGCUGCUGUCAUUAGAAAUGAAAUAUUCUUUUUUGGAGGAGCUUGUGGUCAUGAUAACUGUUGUCAUAAUAGUUUGUACAGUUUUAAUGUUGAUACCUUCAAUUGGAAGGAACUCUCUCCUACUACAUCUCAUCAUGGUCCUAUGAUGAAGUGCUACUCCAGCAUGAUAGCAAUAAAAGCAAAUGAUGAGGACUAUCUUGUAGUAAUAGGAGGGUGGGGAUCAUCUUCUAAUACUACCCCACCACAGCCUGCUGCCCAGUACAGUAAAGAUGAUGAUUAUCAAUAUUGCAAUGAAAUACAUAUGUACAGAUUAAAAACUGGUGAAUGGACUUCACCAACUGUCACUGGAGACAGACCACCUCCUAUUGCUGUCUUCACUUUAACAUCAAUAACUAAUACCACUGCUAUAUUGUUUGGUGGUUGUGAUGGUUAUAGAUACAGUAAUGAUGUAUAUGUAUUUGAAUUUACUGAUACAUCAGUGAAAUGUACAAAGUUUUCUAAUCCUGGAAGAUCAGUACAAUGGCCUGAGGAGAUAUCUGCUCAUUCCAGUGUAUUGAUCAACUGUAGCUCAGGACCACACCUACUAGUUGUGGGUGGAGGGGGUACCAGUGACUGUAGGUUGUUAAAUAUAAACAAAAUGGAAUGGAAAGAACUGGUAAAUAUUAUAAUGUAA